UACAGAACAGAGGAGCACUCAUUGGGGGUAGCACUCAACCAGAGGAGAGGAGGGUCGGUUCUCACUCACCUGCAGCUGGAGAUCAACCUCACACGUUCAUGAUGCGUCUGUCUGAUGACAAGACUUCACCAGAGACAGGUGUGAGUUUGGGAGCAGCCUGCAUUUUUUUGCGAGGAGGAAAAAACAUUUCCAGACAACUGGCUGACGAUGAAAUUGAAGAGCUGCGUGAUGCCUUUAAUGAGUUCGACAAAGACAAGGAUGGGCUGAUCAGCUGUAAGGACCUGGGGAACCUGAUGAGAACCAUGGGCUACAUGCCGACUGAGAUGGAGCUGAUCGAGCUGAGCCAGAACAUCAACAUGAACCUUGGUGGCAGGGUCGAUUUUGAGGACUUUGUCGAGCUGAUGGCCCCAAAGUUGCUGGCUGAAACAGCAGGGAUGAUCGGCAUGAAGGAGCUCAAGGAUGCUUUUAAAGAGUUUGAUGCUGACGGCGACGGAGAGAUCACCACAGACGAGCUGCGCUCAGCCAUGGUCAAGCUGAUGGGCGAGCACAUGGCCCGGAGAGAAAUCGAUGCCAUAGUCAAAGAAGCAGACGAUAACGGAGACGGAACUGUAGACUUUGAAGAAUUUGUCCGAAUGAUGUCGCACCAAUGAUGAGGAGGACGCCAACAUGUCAACACACCACACAUUUGCAGUCUUCCAUUCUACUGGGUUGAGAUUAACUGAAACCAAUUGUACGACUUAAUGCAAUAUGUAAUAACUUUUGUUGAAUACUGUACAUAAGAGCAUUUUACUGUCUCUAAAUGUUCAUUCGUGCCGCGCCCAACUCAACUCCUCACAGUGUUGACGGCGAGGCUCUGCAGUGAUGUCCACACCAAGAGUUUUUGGAUGGGUUUGCAGUAACGCCCAAUUAAUGGGAUUACAUCAUUCAAUUGUGGAAGACGUCCAGUAUGUAAAUCCUGCUGCUGGGCAUUACAGGAAAUCUGCCUCUUUGGCACAGAUCAAAAAUAAAAGCAUUAAAAUAU